UACUGCGCCGCGUGAUAGCCUGUGCAAACCGGUUUGUAACGGAAAAGCUGCGCGCGCACGGACGAGAAUAGCCCAGCUGGCGCAGGUCGAUAAGUGUCGCUUGUGGAACCGUCGGCCUGGUGAAGGCCUUAACUGCACAAACUCAUUUUGCACGGUGAAGCUCUCGAGUGUGAAGGUGAUAACGUUAGCGAAGUUGUUCCAUUACUAUUGUAGUGACAGAAGACUUUUUUGCGUAUGUUUAAAAAUGACGGACGUGCGUUGUUAUCCUAAGGCAUUUAUAACAGAAUUUAUUGAACUGUACAAAUCUCUACCUUGCCUUUGGAAGGUAAAAUCGAAAGAAUACAACGACCGAAAUAAGAAAAACUUGGCAUAUCGUAAAAUGGUUGCCAAAUUGAAGGAGAUGGAUCCUAGCGCAGACAGGGAUUCAGUAAUAAAGAAAAUCAACUCACUCCGGAGUUCUUAUCGCAAGGAAAAGAGGAAAACAAACGAGUCGAUGAUGUCUGGCGCAAGCGAGGAUGACGUGCACAUUCCCAGGCUUUGGUACUACCAUCUGCUUCAAUUCCUAGAUGGCGAAGAAACGCAGCAUGGAAUGACAGUAUCAAAUUAUGAGGAAUCAGUGUCACAGGAAUUUAUAACUGAGCAAAGUGUUGAAAGUGUCCAAGAAACCGUUAGCGAAGAAGAUGUCAUUGAGGAAGGAAACACUGUGUUUAUAGGAAAUGAGAACAGAGAUCAUUGGUACACAUCACGAGUUAGCACUUCUGACUAUGUACCACAAGCGAAGAAAAGAAAAUAUGAAACAGAGGAAUGCAAAGAGAGAAACGAUGCUGCUUAUACCACACAGUAUGAAAGGUAUGUUGGUGAGGCAGACGAAUGCGACCUGUAUGGCCAACUGAUUGCAACAAAGUUAAAAAAGAUGGACGAAAGGAGUAGAGAUAUUGCAAUGAACAGAAUCGACAAUCUUCUCUUUGAAAUGAAGAUGAAGUUAAAUGAUCAAUCUUAAUAGUGACACAGAGCUGCAUUCAUCCAAAGAUCAGAUUUCCCACUACAUCUGUCCACUCACGUCAGGGAAGUUCAUCUCCACUAUGUUAUGCAGUAUUAUUUUCAACUUACGAAAUAGAAGAUUUACUACUAUAGGUCAUUAAAUUAUGCAACCGCCCCCGCCCCCCCUCUAUCUGAACUUCU